AUGUCAACCAGAGAGCCCAAACCUAACCGCAUGUAUAGAUACCAAUUCGAUUCGGAUAUCCUCGGCGACCUCAACCUCGCUCUCUCCCACACACCGGCUCACCUCCGCCCUUCCGCUUCUUCCUCGCCCUCAGGCUCAGCCUCGGUCCGGCGCACACGUACCCUCGCCUCGUCUUCCGGACGACGCGCUUACGCCCUCCUCGACCCCGUCACCGAGUCCGAAGCCGCAGCGGCGGAACCGAGAAGUAUGGCGCGGCCCGGCUCAUCCCAGCGUCCCACGCAUAUUGCGCUGCCAACGGUACAGUACCCAAGAACAUCGGAUGCAUCCGCUUCAGCCGCCCCGGCACCGCUGGCCAGUCCGACCUCGCCACGAUCAUCGUUCUUGCCUAGCUUUAUGCGCAAUCGGUCUCGGGCGGCGACCAUCACAGGAAGGGCCAGUCCUCGCGCUGAGCAGGCGGAUCCGCUUAAUGCUGCGGCGGCAGCUCCCGCUGCUGCGCCUGCAGCUCCCUCUGUUAAUGGGGCCAGCACAGUCACGCGAGAUGCUGGGGUGGUCACGAGGAGUGUCAGCACGCCUUCAGGAGGCGCAUUGGCAGGAGACUCAGUCACAGCUGUCACCGCCUCUGCAGCCGCUCCCGCUAUCGACCCCAAAGGCAAGACCCACCGUAUCCGCCUCGUGCCGCAUCUCGAAAACUCCCGCUCGCUCGCUUUCGACCCCGUCGUGCGGGAAGCCUACCCCAUCUCCGUCGGCCCCGGUCAGACCCCUUCUGGCGCUGCUGUCCUCGUCCCACCCAUCGGACCGCUUGUAGCGGGCAAGCCACCCGUGCUUGUUCUGAAGAUCGGAAGAUUCACCGACAAGACGCCAGCGGGGGAUCCGGAUCGGCCCGCUACCGGUAUUGGAGGGCCGACGAUUGCGAUUGCGGGCGGAGGUGGAGAGGUCACGAGUGGGAAGAUUGCUUUCAAGAGCAAGGUCGUCAGUCGGACGCAUGCAGAGAUAUGGUGUGAGGCUGGAGGGAAGUUCUACAUUCGAGAUACCGCUUCGUCGUCGGGUACAUUCCUCAACCACAUCCGCCUUUCAUCGCCCAAUACCGACUCCCGUCCAACUCCGCUGAACGAUGGCGAUGUACUUCAGCUCGGCGUGGACUAUCAGGGCGGACACGAGGAUCAGUUUAGAUGUGUCAAGAUGCGAGUGGAGCUGGGCAGGGAGUGGCAGCGAGCGGCGAACGAGUUCAACACGAACGCUCUCAGACAGCUCAAGGCGCUUGGUGGAGCCGCUCCCUCGACGCCAGACAACAAGACGAAAGGAGACGGAGCCAGCAGUAUCAGCAAAAAGUCAAAGGCGAGCGUAACGGACUGUUGUAUCUGUCUGUUCUCGGUCACGGUCUGCCAGUCACUGUUCAUCGCGCCUUGUUCGCAUGUCUUCCACUACAAGUGUAUUCGACCGCUUCUGCAGCAGCAUCAUCCCGGUUUCUCCUGUCCUCUAUGCCGAACCUUCGCCAACUUAGAAGAAGACGUCGAGGUCGACGACCCACCAGAGAUUGCCUCGCGCCGCACUUCCAGCGUCUCUCGACGACCUUCCGCAGCCCCAUCCCGCGGCGGUCUCGAUCCACUCUCCCCCACCGUCGCUCACGCCCCCGUCCCUCCUACCGGCGCAGACCAAUUCAACCUGGAAGCUCAACUCAUUGAUGAGCCGGUGGGGGAAAGCGGAUCCGCAAGCGAGGAAGGCGGCCGGACAGAGGACGAUACUCGCCAGGAAACCCUAGGCGCAGAUCCAUCGGGGGAUAUCGAGAUGGGCCCCCCUUCCCGAGAAGUCUCUGCGCCCGCCAGUGACCGGUCCGACGCCGGCAGCGCGGCGGCGGCGUACAGCUCUGGUGCGGAGCGGCGCCGUCGGGCCAUCGCCGAGUCCAGCCGCCGAAACAGCGGGAGCGGUGCCGACCCUAUGGCGACCGUCGCAAUCCCGGAUAUUCAGACGCCGCGGAACGAGUACUUCCUCUCGACGCUCGCGCCGGGAUCGAUACCGGUUGCGAACCCAGCGGCGAUGCCGGGUCUGCUGCAGCAGUUGGAUCAGGCGGAAGGGAGCGGGACGGGCGCGGUCAGUUCGGGACUUGCAGGACAGCAGGGGCACGGGCAGGAGGCGACACUGGCUGGCGCAGAAGACGCGGUGGGGGAAGCGAGGAGGAGGGAGGAGAGCGAGAUGAUGUUCUCGUAG